AUGGGCAAAGUUCACGGAGGCACAGGAUGCGUAGAGGUUUCAUGUGGGGUCGAAACGAUUGAUGCUGAAGAGCAAGCGCGUGUGCAGGCAGAAGCCUGGUACGUAGAGGCGCUUUGUAACUUCAAGCAAGUGCUUAGUCAAACAUCGUUGCCUAUCGCCAGUACACCCACGGCAGUAACACAGGCUAUCGAGACGUCGACUACGGAAGUGCGCCUACCCAGAAUCGAGCUUCCCAAAUUUAGUGGUGACUCAACUGGGUGGAUUCUAUUCCACGAUUCGUUUAAGGCAUUGGUGCACGAUAAUACGACGCUCUCAGGCUACCAGAAGUUGCACUAUCUUCGCAGCUGCCUUCAAGGCGAGGCGCUGCAGGUCGUCUCUAACCGAACAAUUUCGGAGGCAAAUUACCAUGUGGCUUGGGAUCUGAUUUGCUCAAAGUAUAAGGUGAUGCGAAUCAUCGUUGAUAGUCACUUUCGCGCAAUAUUCAACAUAAAGCCAGUUACGAACGAAACAGCACAAACACUUAAUCACGUUCUCAAUUCAAUGUUGCAAAACAUACGGGCUUUGCAAGCGCUUGAACGGCCAGUAGAGGCGUGGGAUGAUUGGCAAACAUUCCUCGAGAGCCGGUGCCGAUCGCUAGAGGUACUAGCACCUGGUAGUGGCGGACCAACCAGCAAAAGGGGCAGUAAUGCAGCCGUGUUGCAUGCGGCAAGUUCAUCCAAUCGACAUUCGCCUUGCCACACGCAAUCUUCAAGAGCCGAUUCAUGCACGUACUGCUCUUCUCAGCCCAGAAUCUACGCCUGCAGCACCUUCAAGGAGCUAAGCCCGCCUGCUCGAGCACAAAUCAUCAAACAAAGGGAAGCAUAUUUCAACUGUCUUCGUCAGGAUCACAAAGCAUCAAAUUGCAAGAGCACGUCCAAUUGUUUGAGGUGUGGUCGCCGGCACCACACGCUACUCCAUGAAAGCUACAACAACACGAAUAGCCCUUGCGAAACAUCAGCAGCGGCAGCUGAUACAGCAUCAUGCGCUGCACCUGCACCCAACCGGGUGUCUAGCGAAAAGCAUACUCAUCUAGCAACUAGUUCUCUUGGUCCUGUCAAUGCGCUAUACCGAAGCCACGACAGCGCCCUUGCGACAACAGCGCUAGCUUCGUCACAAAGCGCAGCUGAGCUCACUACUCCUGCAGGGAAGCGGGAGUCUAAUGGAGCAGACAUCAAUUGUAAUAAUGCACCAGCUGCACCGUUACCGCUAACAGAGUUUCCACCGUGUGGCACAUCCGCAUUCUUGUCACCUGCUAAAGACCAAGCGCCCAACGGAGAUGUUCAACAAACAACAGUAUGGUCGCAGGGUGGCAACAUGACAUCACACUACGCCGAAGCAGACAACGCCAUAUUACUGGCUACCGCAGUAGCCAAUGUACGUGACUACGCCGGCCGCUGGCACGCUAUGCGCAUACUUUUCGACAGUGGGUCGCACGCUUCAUUAGUCACAGAGCGUUGCGUACAACAACUACGUCUUCCAAGCAGAUCAUCAGCUAUCCUGAUCACAGGCAUAGGCUCUACGCCAAGCGGUAGGACAAAGGGUGAGGUACUCCUUACUAUCGCGUCAUCGCAAUUACAGCCGUCUUACGUCAUCAACGCCUUAGUUUUGCCAAAGAUAACUAGCGAUCUACCUACGACCUGCGUGAGCGUCGCAGAUUGGCAACACAUCAAAGGACUUGCACUGGCAGAUCCGCACUUUGCCACACCAGGUCCCAUCGACAUACUCAUCGGCGAGACCCGUUCUGUCGCAUUACGCAGUUUUUACAGGCUGGAGAAGCGAUUAGCUGCAAACGAAAACCUACGUCGGCACUAUGUGGAGUUCAUGCAUGAGCUGUUGCGGUUGGCUCACAUGGAGUGCGUCCGUGAUAGACCUUCAUCCUGUUAUUACAUGCCUCAUCACGCGGUAUUAAAAGAGACAAGCGAAACAACAAAAUUAAGAGUUGUGUUCAACGCAUCGAUGAAAUCCUCCUCAGGUUUUUCGUUGAAUGAUGCAUUAAUGGUUGGCCCACCAUUACAACAAGAAUUAUUUCCCAUUCUAUUGCGUUUCCGUAUGCAUCGUUAUGCCAUGACCGCCGAUAUAGCGAAAAUGUACCGCGAAGUAUAUGUUCACGAGAAGCAUGUGGAUUUCCAAAGAAUCGUAUGGAGAGAUGCGCCAACCGAAGAACUGAAAGACUAUCGCAUACUUCGUCUCACUUACGGUACAGCUGCUGCAAGUCACUUGGCUGUGAAGGCGUUGCAGCAAGUUGCUAAGCAUAACAUGGCAGAAUUUCAGUCCUCUGCGGAAAUCAUUCUACGGGAUUUCUAUAUGGACGACCUCCUUACAGGAGCUCAUACCGCGGACGAGCUUGUGUUGCGUCAAAGUGAAGUAUCUCAUUUACUCUUAGAAGGCGGAUUUGAGCUGAGGAAGUGGGCCAGUAAUUGCAAGCAGCUUUUGGAUAAGAUUGCAACAUCCACAACGCCGAUAAAUCAUUUGUUAGCUGAAAACGAGGAAGUGAAAACGCUGGGGUUAACGUGGAACACGUCUCACGAUUACUUGACGUAUGCGGUAAGUCUUAAGACACCUCCUACUAUACUCACCAAAAGAGGUUUCCUGUCGGAUGCCAGCACUACUUUCGAUCCGCUCGGUCUAAUCGCGCCUUGCACUAUAAAGGCGAGAAUUUGGUUUCAGCAGAUUUGGCGCACUGAUGUCGAUUGGGACGAACCGGUUUCCGAUCAAAUUUGCGAAAGAUUGGUACCUUCAUCGUGA